AUGCACAUCCCCCUCCCCCUCCUCACGCUCCUCCUCUCCGCCCUCCCCACCCUCGCCAUGGACACCAACAAAUGGCCCUUCGACAUACGCUGGCAGACGCACGGUCUGCACCCCUGCGUGCACACAUGCAACGCCUUCGGCAACGGCGACAAGUCACAGGAGCUCGCGUGCGUCACUUGCUGGCACUAUGGCAAGGAGACGAUCGAUGAGUCGUGUAAAAUGUGCGCGUUCAAGUGUGCGAAGAAGAGAGAGUUCAGGCUGAAUGAUGAGUAUUGCAAUAAUUGUUUGACGAUGGGGGCGAAUCCGGCACACUGGUGA